CCCUCCCUCCCUCCCUCCCUCUCUGCUUCGCUUCACACUCCUCCACGCUGAGUUCGCUUGAGCUGAGAGAGUGCACUCGCAUACCACCGACCAUAUAAGGUAUCAGCUUCGCUAAGCAAAGCUCAGAUCUCCACUCCAUCCAUGGGGUGCUUCCAGUCCAAGGUGGCGGGGCCGCUGCCGCCCAAGGACGCCGCCGCGCUCCCCGCCGACAACCCCGCAGAUCCCGAGGCGGCGAAAGGCGGCGCGGACGGGGGAGGCGACGCCGACGACAAGGAGGCGGCGAAGCGGGCGGUGCCGGCGUUCAGGGAGUUCGCGCUGGCCGAGCUGCGCGCCGCCACCAAGGGCUUCAGCGCCGACCUCAUCGUCUCCGAGAGCGGCGAGAAGGCGCCCAACGUCGUCUACCGCGGCCGCCUCGACGGCGGGCGGCUCAUAGCCGUCAAGCGCUUCUCGCGCCUCUCCUGGCCCGACCCGCAGCAGUUCCUCGCGGAUGCAGCGGGGGUGGGGAAGGUGCGGCACAAGCGCCUCGUCAACCUCAUUGGCUGCUGCGCCGAGGGUGACGAGAGGCUGCUCGUCGCCGAGUACAUGCCCAACGACACCCUCUCCAAGCAUCUCUUCCACUGGGAUAAGCAGCCAUUACCAUGGGAAAUGCGGUUGAGGGUUGCAUAUUACAUUGCGCAAGCACUAGACCACUGCAAUGCGGAGAACAGGAAAAUCUACCAUGACUUGAAUGCUUAUAGAGUACUUUUUGAUGAGGAAGGUGAUCCUCGCUUGUCAAGUUUUGGACUAAUGAAGAACAGCCGUGAUGGAAAAAGUUAUAGUACCAACCUGGCUUACACUCCACCAGAGUUUCUACGAACCGGCAGAGUAAUCCCCGAGAGUGUGUUAUAUAGCUACGGAACUGUGCUGUUGGAUCUUUUGAGCGGGAAACACAUUCCUCCUAGUCAUGCACUAGAUUUGAUAAGAGGAAAGAAUAUACUGUUGCUGAUGGAUUCCUCCUUAGAAGGGCAGUAUGCUAACGAAGAUGCUUCGAAACUGGUUGAUCUUGCAUCAAAGUGUUUGCAGUUUGAAGCUAGGGACAGGCCAAACAUAAAGUAUCUCUUGUCUUCUGUUGGGCCUCUUCAGAAGCAAAAAGAGGUAGCAUCGCAUGUGUUAAUGGGCAUAACAAAAGCCACGUCAGUAUUGCCAACUAUUCUUUCGCCACUUGGGAAGGCCUGCGCCGGUAUGGAUCUUACAGCAGUGCAUGAUAUUUUGCUCAAAACAGGUUAUAAAGAUGAUGAAGGUGCAGAAAAUGAGUUAUCCUUUCAAGAAUGGACCCAGCAAGUGCAAGAGAUGCUGAACACAAAGAAGUUUGGUGAUAUUGCAUUUAGAGACAAGGAUUUCAAGACUGCAAUCGACUACUACUCAAAGCUGGUUGCGAUGAUUCAAUCACCUUCAGCUACAGUUUUUGCCAGGCGCAGUUUUUCCUACUUGAUGAAUGAGCAAGCAGAGCUUGCUCUCCGGGACGCAAUGCAGGCCCAGGUCUGCAUGCCCGAGUGGCCUACAGCCUUCUACCUCCAAGCCCUUGCUCUCUCAAAGCUCGGCAUGGAAACCGACGCACAGGACAUGCUCAAUGACGGUGCCACGUUUGACGCCAAGAAGCAAAACAGCUGGCGUAGUUAGGGACCAUGGUCGCGGCUUCCCUACACCGUUGCCUUUUGAAAGAAAAGUUACAAUGGUGAGUGUCCAAAUUGUUCGUUCGACAAAAAAUGUCCAAAUUGUUCACUGGGUCGCCUGUUGCACUGCUAGGAGUGGGAUUGAAAUGCACUGUUUUAUCGUGCAAUCUCCGCCCGGGUGCCGAUAGUGAGUGGCAUUGUGCCGAUAGUGAGUGGCAUUGUUGUGACCUGGAAUGGAAGAUAAAAGCAGGGGCAUGCGGAUUCUCUUGAGUUGCACUUUGUUCCGCGAGUGGUGUCAGCAGGAUGUGCCGGUCUUCGCAAUUGUAGUGCUCCUCUGCAGAGGACUGUUGUAAUUAAGAGGAUGCUUUCUAACGAUUUCUUCUCCUUUUCGUUUCUAUUGGAAUCUUAAUUUGGGCCCCAGAGGACAUUGAGUGGUGUGGAAAAAGGCGGGUUCCCUGUGAUUAGCCAAGGAGAAUAAACUGGAGCCAUCUAAAUUCUAUUCGAUUCUACCAUAUUUUUAUGGGCAGCUAUUUAUUUCCCCGUCAACAGUUAUGAUAUGUUGUUUGUUUAUUGAUGGAGCGAACCAAUUCGG